CCAACCCACGGGCACAAAAUGGGUGAGAGGAAAGGCCAGAACCUGUACUAUCCGCCGGACUACGACCCGAGGGCGGGUGGUCUGAACAAAUGGCAAGGUACGCACGCACUGCGGGAGCGGGCCCGCAAAAUCCACCUCGGCAUCCUGAUCAUCCGGUUCGAGAUGCCGUACAAUAUUUGGUGCGAUGGCUGCAAGAACCACAUCGGCAUGGGGGUCCGCUACAAUGCGGAAAAGAAGAAGGUCGGAAUGUACUACUCCACACCGGUCUACCAGUUCCGGAUGAAGUGUCACCUCUGCGACAAUCACUUCGAGAUCAAGACGGAUCCACAAAACUUGGACUACGUCAUCGUGUCCGGGGCACGGAGGCAGGAAAACCGGUGGGAUCCGACGCAGAAUGAGCAGAUUGUGCCGGAAACGAAGGAAACCCAGCGGAAACUGUUCGAUGAUGCCAUGUACAAGCUGGAGCACGGGGCCAAAGACCAACAGACGGCCGAUGAAGCGAAGCCAGUGUUGGGGCGCCUUUUUCAGCGAAACGACAGUGUUUGGAGGGACGACUUUGAAGCAAACAGUCGGCUGCGGGCACAGUUUCGGACACGCAAAAAAGAGCUCAAGUUGCAGGAAGAAAAAGACAACGCACUAUUGACCAAAUCGAGCCUUGCGGUCGCGCUACUGCCGGAAUGUGAUAGCGAUCGUCGUAUGGCUCACCUAAUGCGGUUACAUUCAUCGAAAACGAUUCACGAACGGGACAAAGAACGCCGGAGUGCUAUUCUGAAUCGCCCUGCGUUACCGUCGACUUCCGUUAACGGCAGAAAAGUGGCCGUCAAGUCGCCCGAUAACAUCAUUAGGUUAGAGAGAAAUAGUUUAGGUAUUGUAAAACGUUCGACCAAAGGUGGCCGAAAACAUGUAGGUAGUGUUGCUAAUGACGCUGCAACGGCAGAAUCGAGCAACGGGCAUCGAGCAGAACUGGAGUCCCAAACGGUUGGUGGCACGAGCUCCCCAGCCCCAUGCAGCUCAUUUGGUAGUGAGCCGACGAAAACAAAAGAAAUGAAUCAAAUCGAUCCAAUGCCCAGUCUGUUACUGUGCAAUUAUGGAUCAGGGUCUAGUGAUAGCGACUAA